AUGGUGGUGAUUAACGGGGUCAAGUACGCCUGUGAAACGUGUAUCAGGGGCCAUAGGGCGGCGCAGUGCACCCACACAGAUGGCCCGCUGCAAGUGAUCAGGCGCAAGGGUAGGCCAUCGACCACAUGUGGUCAUUGUAAGGAGCUGAGGAGGACCAAGAAUUUCAACCCUUCUGGCGGAUGCAUGUGUGCUUCCAAGCGACGGCUGGCGGUGGGCAGCGAGGAAGAUGAGUCGCGGUGCCGUUGCGACGAAGGCGAGCCCUGUAAGUGCCACACCAAGAGAAAGACUAGUAGGAAGCAGAAGGCAGCAUCGUGCCAUAGCUCAGUCAGUCCUGAAGCGGCGACCGUUAAAAAUCUUCGGGUAUUAGACUUGGAGGCUUCUCUGGGCCUGAACAGCGUCGAUCUUAUUGACCUGAGCCCCUCGUCGUAUGUGGACAUGACAACGACCCUGUCUAGCUUGGAGUCACCCCUACAAAGCGAUGGCGCCAAGACGGACGACAUAGACGAGCUAGGGUUGCCUCUUCUUGACACGUUCCAACAAUGCUGCGAUUCGGCUGCAACCCCCCAUAGUGCCAAUGCAGGCGCGGACACAAAUCCAAUUGCUGACACUCAUCUAAACGAUGUUGACAUUCCGUUUUCUAUUAAUGAGUUGAACGAGCUUUACAAGGAAGUAUUGCCGCACACUCCACAUUCGAAAUAA